GACAGAGUAGCUGGCGUCACGGAGGCCUAAUACCGUUGAUUUUUCGGGACCUUUGACGUCAGAAGGACAAAGGAGAGAAUAUUUCUGUACACGUGGAUGGAUAUGAUAGCAUGUUAUGGACAUUUGACCCCCGGGUUAUCCUCCUCCAGAAUUGGGCUCUGGCACGGCAAGUUCGGAGGCGAUCAGUUGUCAGCGAUCUGAGGGAGGGGAAGACAUGGCGAUGAAUCAGCUGUGCUUGGCGACGAUUCUUCUACUUUUGGGGGCCAUCUCCACGUUUCACCCGGAGGUUGUUGCUCUGAAAUCAGUCUCUCAGCUCAAGUUUAACACUAAGAUUCUUCAGGAGUCGAUGGUUGAGCUGAUAAAUGCAAAUCCCAAGGCUGGGUGGAAAGCUGCCAUGAAUCCUCGUUUCUCCAAUUACUCUGUUGGCCAAUUUAUGCACCUUCUUGGAGUCAAACCAACACUUCAGAAGGAUUUGGAGGGUAUUCCUGUCAUAACUCAUCCAAAAACUUUAAAGCUUCCAAAACAUUUUGAUGCAAGAACAGCUUGGCCUCAAUGUAGCACCAUCGGGAAAAUUCUUGAUCAGGGUCAUUGUGGCUCUUGUUGGGCUUUUGGUGCUGUUGAAUCGCUGUCAGAUCGUUUUUGUAUCCAUUUUGGCAUGAAUAUUUCUCUCUCUGUAAAUGAUCUCUUAGCAUGCUGUGGCUUUUUGUGUGGAAGUGGUUGUGAUGGGGGUUAUCCUCUUUAUGCGUGGCGAUAUUUUAUUCACCAUGGUGUUGUCACUGAGGAGUGUGACCCAUACUUCGAUGCUACUGGCUGUUCUCACCCUGGUUGUGAACCUGGAUAUCCCACCCCAAAGUGUGUGAGGAAGUGCACUGAUGAAAACCAACUGUGGAGAAAGGCAAAGCGUUAUGGUCAAAGUGCAUAUAGAAUCAGUUCUGAUCCCUACCAUAUUAUGGCAGAAGUGUACAAGAAUGGACCUGUUGAGGUUGCCUUCACUGUUUAUGAGGAUUUUGCUCAUUACGAGUCAGGAGUUUACAGAUACACCACAGGCGAUGUCAUGGGAGGUCAUGCCGUUAAGCUGAUAGGUUGGGGAACCACCGAUGAUGGGGAGGAUUAUUGGAUUCUUGCAAACCAGUGGAACAGAAACUGGGGCCAUGACGGUUACUUCAUGAUCCGAAGAGGAGUAAAUGAGUGUGGCAUCGAAGAGGGCGUGGUUGCUGGUUUGCCUUCUUCCAAAAACUUGAUGAUUGGAGACUUUGAAAGUGUGGAUGCUGAUCGCCAUGUCUCAAUUUGAGGAGUUAUUAUUCUAAAUGCUGAUAGUGUUACAAGCUGAAACUUUAAUAUCUUAAUCGGGCUGUGCUGUUUGUAUAUGAAAAGAUGGAAAGAAUCCCUCAUAAAUUCAUGAAUUAUUAUAAAUAUGGAAUGAAUUUGAAACUUAUGUGUUUUA